AUGGCAUUGAAACUCCCAUCUGUUGCUCUUCCUGCAAUGGCCAGCUUUGGAUCUCCCAAGUUCUCCAUGGCCUCCAUUGUUCAUCCUGGCCUCAAGAAAGUUGAAAACUUGAAAACCACUCUCAUGCCCCAUCAAGAUCAGCAAGUUCAAGUUAAACAUUCAAUGCCGCCACAAAAGAUGGAGAUCUUCAAAUCCUUGGAUAAGUGGGUUGCAGACAACAUUCUAAUUCACCUGAAAUCACCUGAGAAGAGCUGGCAACCCCAAGAUUUUCUUCCAGAUUCGAAGUCUGAUGGCUUUUUUGAGCAGGUGAAAGAGUUGCAGGAAAGGGCAAAAGGGAUUCCAGAUGAUUAUUUCGUGGUUUUGGUUGGUGAUAUGAUCACGGAGGAAGCCCUUCCAACGUAUCAAACCAUACUUAAUAUAACUGAUGGAAUUAAAGAUGAAACAGGUGCAAGCCUCAGUUCUUGGGCCAUUUGGAAUAGGGCAUGGACGGCUGAAGAAAACAGGCAUGGUGAUCUUCUUAAUAAGUAUCUUUACUUGUCUGGACGAGUUGACAUGAGGCAAAUCGAGAAGACGAUUCAAUAUUUGAUUGGUGCAGGAAUGGAUUGGAAGAUGGAGAACAACCCAUAUCUUACAUUCAUCUACACAUCAUUCCAAGAAAGGGCAACUUUCAUUUCCCAUAAGAACACAGCCAAACUCGCCGGAGAGUACGGGGACACCGAGUUGGCUAAAGUAUGUGGUUUCAUCGCCGCCGACGAGAAGCGACACGAGGCAGCCUACACCAAAAUCAUCGAAAAGCUGUUCAAGAUCGAUCCUGACGAAACUGUCCAAGCCUUUGCUUCAAUGAUGAGGAAGAGAAUCACCAUGCCUGCUCACUUGAUGUACGACGGCCGAGACGAAAACCUUUUCGACCACUUCUCGACCGUUGCACAAAGACUUGGGGUUUACACUACCAAAGACUACACCGAUGUUCUGGAGUUCUUGGUCGAUCGAUGGAAGGUGAAGGAACUGACCGGACUUUCGGGUGAUGGACGAAAAGCACAAGAUUAUGUUUGUGAACUUCCUUUGAGACUUCGAAAGCUGGAAGAGAAAGCUCACUUGAUAGCAAAGCAAGCACCUACUAUUAGCUUCAGUUGGAUCUGAUACAAAAUUGAAGCUCUAAGGGCAUAAAUUAAGAAUGAUAUAUGUGCUUUA